GCGUCUCGAUGGCAUCGUAGAGAACACAAUGUGUGUCUGGAUUCUGUUACCAGGAAGUGCGUCGGGUUAUUUAUAUUUCACCACACGUCCUCAGCACCAGUGCUCAGAGGAAGUAACCUGAAACUUUGAAAUUCAUACAUUUUAGAAGGCCUGUGACUCGCUCUGAGGAAAGAAGAGGAGUAAUAAGAAACUACGUUGAUGUGCCAAAAAAAAGAAAGAAAAAGAAAAGGAAAAAAAGCAAAAUUUAAUGAAUCUGUUCAAGUGACCCGGUACUCAGCUUUGGCAGAGUGUUGUUAUGAAGCUCCACAAGAAGAUUUUGACUCAUUACCAAUCCUGCACAUCACCAGUGGAUAAAGAAGGAUAUCUCUUCAAAAAGAAACAGCGAAAUGGCUCCUACCAUCGGCGCUGGUCCGUCCUGAAAGCCAACCUGCUCUUCUACCAGGAGCGGCCCGCAGACCGCCAUCUGCUCGGCGUGAUCGUGUUGGAGGGAUGUGAUGUACGUCGGGCGGACGCCGACGGACGCUUUGGCUUCUGUUUGCUCUUUCAGGGGCCCGAACCAAAGAGCUACCAGUUUGCCGCAGGGGACGAGGUUACUCUGGAGAGCUGGUUGCGGGCUUUGCGGUCCGCCAGCCACAGCUACUUGUCACUGCUGCUACAAGACCUGCAUAUCCAAUAUCAAGAAGUAAAGCAACAUCAGGGCUCCGGUGACUCCUCCCCCGGCAACUUGAACCUCGAACCAGCACCAACACCGCCGCCACCAUCAUCAUCAGAAUUAUGGUCGCCAGCGGUAAUUGUCAAAAAGUCACCCAAGCCGUGGCACAAGUGGAACACUCACGUCACACCCUUGAAUGUGUCGACGGUGCCGUCAUACGCCGAGUGGCCCCUGGUGGGUUCCAAUCCGCAGGAGGACUUCCGCGAGCUGCACGAGCUUUACGGGCAAGAGAUUAAGAAGGUUCGUGAGCGGUGGCUGACCAGUCGGCAGCCACCGGAGGAGAACAUCCAAGAAGAUCUUAUCGACCUGAUGUGAAGAAAGAAUGAUUAUUUGAGAGGAAGUGAGAUGAAAAAAAUGGUCAGACAGAUCAUUUGUGUAAUGUUAUGUUAUGUUAUUAAUUAUCAUUAUGUUUGAGCAUCAUAUUAUUAUUUCAUGUUAAGAAUACCUAAAUUAUAUUCUGUUGUUUAAUAAUUGCUUAGACAUGUUUUUAUGUUGAUAGGUUCUGAUUGGCUGUUGAAGAGAAGCAGGAAGUGAUUUUAGUUUCGAGGACAGUUGUGUCCCCCCACCCUUUUAAUAAAACUGUAUUUAAAGGAUUCCAUCUCUCCUUUUGCCGUUCGUAAAGUAGAGCUAUCCACUAAAAACAACGACCCUCUCAACUUACAUUUGUAUAUCAUACAAAAACAUUGAAAUGGUUACGGUUAAUAAAGAAAUAAAAAUA